CCUCCAUUAACCAUACACUCUCUCUGGCCUGCGGGAGAAGUGAGCCCCCAGACCCACCAAUUCAUUUCGUUUCCAGUUGAUUUGCAGCCGCGAUUCGGUGUUGACGUGCUUGUUGUUCUACCAGCGAGAGAAAUAUAAAUAAAACACCAAAACUAGCACAAGUCUACAAAGAAACCCAACAAGUGCUUAAAGAAAAGCUCAUAGAAACCAAUAUAAACAAUUGACGAAAAUUGCGAACUUAAAGUUUUUAAUUAAACUUAAAAUAACUUCAAAUAAACAUCACAGUGUAACGAUCAUUAAAGUGCAACAAUAAUAAAACAACAACUAGAUCCUGCGCUUAAUUGUCAAGGAAAUCUUUUGAUGUUUGCCAACAACAAUGAGCAGAGGUAGGCAGCUCAAGCAUCACAUUUGGAAUAAUCAAAAUUAUAAAGUAAAAAUCAAACCGGUUAUGGACUGGUUACUAGCAACGCCGCAGUUGUACAGCGCCUUCUCCUCCUUGGGCUCCCUGGAGGGUGACACUUAUGUGGUCAACCCAAAUGCGUUGGCGAUUCUGGAGGAGAUCAACUACAAGCUAACCUAUGAAGACCAAACGCUGCGCACCUUUCGCCGUGCCAUUGGCUUCGGGCAGAAUGUGAGAUCGGAUUUGAUACCGCUCCUGGAGAAUGCCAAGGAUGAUGCUGUGUUAGACUCAGUCAUCCGCAUCCUGGUCAAUCUGACGGUCCCCGUGGAAUGUCUUUUCUCUGUGGAUGUGAUGUACCGAACAGAUGUGGGUCGCCACACCAUCUUCGAGCUAAACAAGCUCCUCUACACCAGCAAGGAGGCCUUCACCGAGGCCAAAAGCACCAAGAGCGUGGUGGAGUAUAUGAAGCACAUCCUGGAGUCGGACCCCAAGCUAUCGCCGCACAAAUGCGAUCAAAUAAAUAAUUGUUUGCUGCUCCUGAGGAAUAUCCUACACAUACCAGAGACUCAUGCCCAUUGCGUGAUGCCCAUGAUGCAGUCCAGUGGUCCGCAUGGCAUCUCCAUGCAGAAUACCAUCCUGUGGAAUCUGUUUAUCCAAAGCAUAGACAAGCUCCUCCUGUAUCUAAUGACCUGUCCUCAACGAGCCUUCUGGGGCGUGACCAUGGUGCAGUUGAUAGCCUUGAUCUACAAGGAUCAGCAUGUGAGCACCUUGCAGAAGCUGCUCAAUCUCUGGUUCGAGGCCUCGCUCUCGGAGAGCUCCGAAGACAAUGAGAGCAACACCUCACCGCCCAAGCAGGGUAGCGGAGACUCCAGUCCCAUGCUCACGUCCGAUCCCACUUCGGAUUCCUCGGACAAUGGCAGCAAUGGCCGUGGGAUGGGCAACAAGCGUGAGGGCACCGAGGCCACCUUGCAGGAGGUGAGCCGCAAGGGUCAGGAAUAUCAGAAUGCCAUGGCCAGAGUACCAGCGGACAAGCCUGAUGGCUCAGAGGAGGCCAGCGAUAUAACCAGUGAACUUCCUGGUUCACCGGAACAAUCACAACCCGCCGGGGAGUCCAUGGAUGAUGGUGAUUAUGAUGAUCAGCAUCAGCAGAUGCUGAGGCAAGAUGAUGAGGAGGAGGAUGACGAGGAGGAAGAUGAGGAGGAGCUAGAGGAGGAGAAGUAUUUGCGAAUGGCACGCGACUCGGAGCCCUUGAACCUAACCCAACAACAACCACAACAACAACAACAACCAGCUGACAAUGUCAACAACACUACCACAAACAUGGACACCAGUGCCAUGAAUGAACCCUUCAAGCCGCCGCCACCGCUGCCUGUAAGAGCCUCCACCUCGGCCCAGGCUCGGGAUCAGAUGCAUCAGUACAACGAGUCCUCCUACUCGAGCCAUGUAUCGGCUGUGAAGCUGGGCCAGAAGUCCCCCCAUGCCGGUCAACUGCAGUUGACCAAGGGCAAGUGCUGCCCUCAGAAGCGGGAGUGUCCCUCCUCGCAAUCGGAGCUCUCGGACUGCGGCUAUGGCACUCAGGUGGAGAACCAGGAAUCCAUCUCCACCUCCAGUAACGAUGACGAUGGCCCGCAGGGCAAGCCUGCCCAUCAGAAGCCGCCGUGCAACACAAAGCCCAGGAACAAGCCCAGAACGAUUAUGUCGCCGCAAGACAAAAAGGAGCUGCGACGCAAGAAGCUGGUCAAGAGGAGCAAGAGUAGUCUCAUCAAUAUGAAGGGUCUGGUUCAGCACACGCCCACCGAUGAGGAUAUAUCCAAUCUUUUGAAAGAGUUUACAGUGGAUUUCCUGCUUAAAGGCUAUAAUUAUCUGGUGGAGGAGCUGCACAGCCAGCUGCUGUCCAAUGCGAAGGUGCCCAUAGAUACAUCUCACUUUUUCUGGCUGGUCACAUACUUCCUAAAGUUUGCCGCCCAAUUGGAGCUGGACAUGGAGCACAUCGACACCAUACUCACCUACGAUGUCCUCAGUUACCUGACCUACGAGGGUGUGACUUUGUGUGAACAAUUGGAACUGAAUGCUCGCCAGGAGGGUAGCGACCUCAAACCCUACUUGAGGCGAAUGCAUUUGGUGGUAACGGCCAUAAGGGAGUUCCUUCAAGCCAUAGAUACCUACAAUAAGGUUACCCAUUUGAAUGAAGACGAUCGAGCCCAUUUGAGACAGCUGCAGCUGCAAAUAAGCGAAAUGUCCGAUUUGAGGUGUCUGUUUGUGCUGCUCCUGAGACGCUUUAAUCCCAGCAUUCACUCCAAGCAGUAUCUGCAGGACUUGGUGGUGACCAAUCACAUACUCCUGCUGAUCCUAGACAGUUCAGCCAAGUUGGGAGGAGGUCAAAGCAUACGUCUAUCGGAGCAUAUAUCACAAUUUGCCACUUUGGAGGUAAUGCACUAUUAUGGAAUCUUGCUGGAGGACUUUAACAAUAAUGGGGAGUUUGUCAAUGAUUGCAUUUUCACCAUGAUGCAUCAUAUAGGCGGUGAUCUGGGACAGAUUGGUGUUCUGUUUCAACCCAUUAUAUUGAAAACCUAUUCAAGAAUUUGGGAGGCCGACUAUGAAUUGUGUGAUGAUUGGUCGGAUCUCAUCGAAUAUGUCAUUCACAAGUUCAUGAAUACUCCCCCAAAGUCACCGUUGACCAUUCCUACCACUUCUUUGACGGAAAUGACCAAAGAACACAAUCAGGAGCAUACCAUUUGCUCUUGGUCUCAGGAGGAAAUGGACACACUGUAUUGGUAUUAUGUGCAAAGUAAGAAGAACAAUGAUAUUGUGGGUAAAAUUGUAAAGCUAUUCAGUAACAAUGGCAACAAACUGAAGACCAGGAUCUCUAUAAUACAGCAACUAUUGCAGCAGGACAUUAUAACCCUGUUGGAGUACGAUGAUCUGAUGAAAUUCGAAGAUGCCGAGUACCAAAGGACUUUACUUACUACACCAACUUCGGCCACCACAGAGUCUGGAAUAGAGCUCAAAGAGUGUGCCUAUGGCAAGCCCUCGGAUGAUGUACAGAUCCUUCUCGACUUAAUCAUCAAAGAGCACAAAUCCCAGCACCUUGUCUGGCUUCAAAAGAUCCUCCUCGAGUGCUGCUUCAUCAAGCUGACCCUUAAGAGUGGCCUUAAGAUACCCGAAGGAGAUCACAUCAUGGAACCUGUGGCCUAUCAUUGCAUUUGCAAACAGAAAUCCAUUCCCGUAGUUCAGUGGAACAAUGAACAGAGUACGACGAUGUUGUAUCAGCCCUUUGUAUUGCUCCUGCACAAGUUGGGCAUCCAAUUGCCGGCGGAUGCGGGUUCAAUCUUUGCCAGAAUACCAGACUAUUGGACACCGGAGACCAUGUAUGGUUUGGCCAAGAAGCUGGGACCUUUGGAUAAACUGCAACUCAAGUUCGACAGCAGCGACCUGGAGGAUGCCACAGCCGCGAGUCCGGCCAGGUAUCAUCACACUGGACCCAGGAACUCCCUGAGCUCGGUGAGCAGUCUGGAUGUGGAUCUGGGAGAGCCAGAAGAGCUGGCCCUGAUACCCGAGGUGGAUGCUGCAGUGGAGAAGGCCCAUGCCAUGGAAUCAACGCCGCCGCCAACUGAGAUCUUUGCGGUGCCCAAGACCAAGCACAGUAAUUCGAUAAUCAGAUACACGCCCGAUCCCACGCCGCCUAUACCCAACUGGCUGCAGUUGGUCAUGCGCAGUAAAUGCAAUCAGCGCUCGGGCUCCGGCUCGGGUCCAGUCUCUGCUGAUCCCAGCGAUUGCUUACCCUCAUCCACAGCCACCUUAGAAGACGAAGGACUUGGAAAAUCCAUAAGUGCCGCCACCUCCCAGGCGGGCAGCACCUCAAUGAGUACCGUCAAUCCCACCAACACGAUGGGCAGACUGGGAAUGAUGAACAGCUUCAUGGGAAGCCACAAUGAGAACAGCAGCAGUUCGGGCUGUGGAGGCACCGUCUCCUCCCUCUCCCUGGUGGCACUGAUGAGCACUGGCACAGUGGGCUCUGGGGGAGCCGGUACCGGUCUCGACAUGGAUGUGGAUGCGGCCAUGAAGUCAUCUUUCGAACGCCUGGAGGUCACCGGCCAGCACUUCUCGCGGGCCAACAAUUUGGACCAAGAGUACAGUGCCAUGGUGGCGUCAGUGUACGAAAAAGAAAAAGAGUUGAUCAACAACGACAAUGUCUCGGUGGCCUCCGACCUGACCCGCAUGUAUGUAAGCGAUGAGGAUGAGCGACACGAACGGAACGAGUUCCGGGUGCCCCAUUACCAUUGAGUCCCAGAACCCAGAACCCAGAGAAAGGGAGAGAGAGAGAGAGGAGCUUUGAGUGAGGCCCCAAACCUUUACCUGUAAUGAAUUGUACCUUAAGCUUUAAUAAACCUUAAAGCACACACACUAAAAAGCAGGCAAGUUACACCUGCUAAAAGAAAACCCCACCCCCGAGUGGUUUGUAUAUUUUUUGAAAGACCUCUUUAUAUGCAAACUUCUGCAAAAAAAUACCUGAUUAAUUAGCAAAAUGAAAGAAAAGUGCUUUAUAAAUGAGUAAAGCCACAAUUCUAAUAAAUAAAAUAAAUAAACAAAAUAAAAAUUAAACUCUAAGUUAAGCAGAAGUUAUAUAGUAUACAUAAGAGGCUUCAUUAGUUACACCUAAGUUAACCUUAGUUUUCAAUUGGAUUCUUGUACACUUGCAAAAAAAAAUCAUAGAAAAAUGAAAUAUACUUUGUACAUGUAUAAAUGGGCAGUUCCUGGUUGAAAUAGUGCAAAUAUAUAUACACACACUCCCACAGAUAUAGAUAUAUAUAUCUAUUUACACGAUUUAGAAUAAAUACAAAACCGUAUUGUAUCUGUACGUUUAUCCCUAGUCAUAAGUUAUGCUUAGCCUGAAUUGAAAAAAAUAAAGCUUUCUCUGUAGCCAAAAAGCCACAAA